AUGAUAAAAUUAAAUCAAGAUUGGUUGAUAAAAAACAAAUAUAUAGCAUUGUCAUUAGUUACAAGUGUUAGUUUAUUGAUGUUGAGUUUUAGAAGGAAGAAAAUAAAUCCAUUUGAGUUGACAUAUAGAAGAGUAAGGUAAGAGAUUGAGUAAGAAGUGUUGACUGCAAGGUAUACAAUAUAGAGCGAGUUAAAGUUAUCAAAUGAAGAUAAAAAUCUAAUUUUAAAUAGUUCUAUUCCUGAGAUUCAUAAAUAUUAUGAAUCAAAAAAGUUUACAUGUUUGGAUGUAUUGUUAACAUUUUUAGAAGUAUCAAUAGAAAAAGGAUUCAAAAUGGGAUAUUUGAAUGAUGUGAAUUUUGGAGAUGCAAUUUAAAGAGCUAAAGAAUUGGAUUAGGAAUUGAAGAGUAAUAAUUAUAAGAUAAAUGAUAUGUCUUUGUUUGGAAUUCCUGUAAGUGUGAAGGAUACAUUUAUGGUGAAAGGAACAUAUUAAGCAUUUGGAUGUGGAGCAUAUGCAUAGAAGAAAUCAUAAAUAGAUGGAAUAUAAGGCUAUUUAAUAAAGAAAUCAGGAGGGAUACUAUUUGCAAAAACAAAUUUACCAUAAUUUGGAUUUUCAUAUGAGAGUUGGAAUUAUUUAUAUGGAAGAUCUAUUCAUCCUUUAGAUCCUACUAGAACAUCCGGUGGAUCAACUGGAGGAGAAGGAGGAUUAAUAGCAGUAAAUGGUUCUCCUUUAGGAUUAGGAAGUGAUAGUGGAGGAAGUAUUAGAAUUCCAUCACAUUUUUGUGGUUUAUAUGGAUAUAAGCCAAGCUCAAAAAGAUUAAUAAUGAGAGGAUAAGCAAAAGGUAUUCCAACAUGGGAUGGUAUUAGAAAUAUUGCAUCUUGUUAUGGUCCUAUGUGUAAGAAUUUAUUAAUAUAUUAAGCAAAACAUUUUGAGAAUUUAGUCAAUAUGAUGAUAGCCUUGACUAAAAAUUACGAAUAAGCUCCCAUUAAUAUAAAAGAUAUAAAUUUUGUGAUGAAGAAAUUUGAUGAGAAAGAAUGUUUUAAUAAUAAUAAGAAAUAUAAAAUAGGAGUUUUAAGAAAAAUUAAUUUAUUAUUACCUUGUAAAGCAAAUUAAAGAGCUUUGAAUAUGGCAGUGGAAAAACUGAGAGCAUAAGGACAUACAGUUAUAGAAUUUGAAAUUGAUUAGAGUAUGUUUGAGAAUGUUUUUUAACAUGUUUAUGAUGUUAUGUUAGGAGAUGGAGGAAUGAAAGGAACAUAUGAGUUAUAUAAAGGAGAACCUUGGAUUUCUCAUUUUGAUAAUUUUAAGAAGGCUACGCAUUCGUGUUGGAUUUGGAAAAAAAUUUACUAAAAGUUUUUAAAAUUGUAAGAUCGUAAGAGAGAAUUGAUGAUUUGGAAAGCAGGAGAUCAUGGAUUAUCAUACUAUGAAAAUCUUCACAUUACAACAAGAUUAACUGCUAGUCAAAUAUAAAUGAUUCAAAUUUGGCAUGAUCUUCAAUUAGAUGCAGUUAUUAGUCCUGUGACUGCUGGAGUUGCAGUUAAACAUAAUACUGCACAAUAUUGUUUCAGUGGAAUAAGUUAUACUUUUAUAUGGAAUAUGCUUGAUUUUAGUUGUGGUUCUGUUCCUAUCACUACUGUGAAAGAAGAGGAAUAGCAUUAUGAUGAAGAAUCAUUAUAUGGUAUUAAAGAUAUUGAAUACAAUGUUUUGGAAGAAACUAUGAAGGGUAGUGCUGGAAUGCCUGUGGGUAUUUAAGUUAUUUCAAAGCCUUUGGAAGAUGAGGUCUGUCUGAAUAUCAUGAGAUAAUGUGGAUAAUGAGUAUUCAAUAUAAAAUAAUG